UAUAAAAUUAGUAAGCUUGAGAUUAUAUCCCAAAGAAGAAAGAGAAUAAAAGAGAAGGCUUGAACGUCCGGUGAAAGGAUCCAACUUUACCCAGUAGUAGUAGUUAACCAACUUGUGAAUCCUCCUCCUCGGCCAAACACAUCGAAUCGCUACCAAAAAGGCUUCUCCGUUUCGUUUUUCCAAUAUCCCACCGAAGAAGGCGGAUCAUCUCCGGAAACAGAGGAAGUAGUAAUCUCACCUGGACCUGUGAAAUUGGUUUCCGAUGGAUAGGACUGAUGAAAUCGAAGAAACCCCCGCCGGACCUUCUCCCCGAUCCGCGAAAUUGAAGCUCGGGAACAGAGCAGACCCUUUCCUUGUUGUUUGCAGAUGCUUCAGCCUCGUUACCUCCCUCAUCGCCAUUCUCUGCGUUGUCGUUAAUGUUCUCGCUGCCGUUCGCUCCUUCCGAGACAGCCACGAUCUCUUCGAUGGAAUAUUCCGGUGUUACGCUGUGGUGAUUGCUUGCUUUGUUGUCCUCGUUGAGACAGAAUGGGGAUUCAUUCUCAAAUUUUCAAAGGUUCUUGAAUUCUGGGCUGGGAGAGGAAUGCUUCAGAUUUUUGCGGCUGUGAUGACCAGAGCUUUCCCUGAUUAUAUGGCUCAAAGGAAGGAUCUCCUGCUUCUACAGAAUAUCGCUAGCUACUUGCUCCUUGCUUGUGGUGUUAUCUAUAUCAUUUCAGGAGUUCUAUGCAUUGGCUUUCUGAAGCGUGCUCGACAGCAGAAGGAAAUUUCAAGAGAACAAGCCAUCAAGGAUCUUGAGGAAAUAGCCAGACGCAGGGAAGAAUUAGAACAGUUGCUCCUGGAGCAUCGGAAUAGAGAUGACGAUGUGUGAAUGUAAUCACAGGUACAGCUUCAUUGGAUGGACGACAUCAGCAGUUUCUUUUUGUGUUAAAGGAUUGUGUGAGCUAUCUGUUUUCAUCCUUCUACUUGGAUAAUAACAGCAGAUUCUUUUGUUUUUUUGUCUGUUUUUUGUCUGUUGAAAAACGAAGCUUUGAUACUUGUCUUAUAAGAGACGAGAGCACUAUUGAAUACUGUAUGAAUUUCAACAUAUUGAUGUAAAUUUCUUGCAGUA